AUUGAAAAGGAAAAUACACAAAGGCCAAAAGGAAACCUCCCAUGAAGUCUCUUGGAAAUGCACCCUACAAAGCUUUUAAAUACCCUUCUUACAGCCCUCAAAGGCGCGAACAACCAAAAAUGCUACGAAGCAAAGCCCUAAUGGCGAACUUGAGAAUGUCAUCAAAGAAAGAUGUUGUUGUUGUUGCGGGUGGAAGAUCUAAGCUAAAUGAUAAAGCCUGCAAAAAACACCCAAAGCACAGGCAAUCCCCAGGCGUUUGUUCACUUUGUUUACGAGAGAAACUAUUGCAGUUAUCAGCUAGUUCGAGCUCGGGUUCUACCACCACAAUUACCACGAUUGCCUCUUCUUGUUCUUCUUCCUUGUCAUCUUAUUCUUCUUCUUCUUCAGCUUCUUCUUACUCCUCUCCCAUGCAUCGUUACCCUUUUCCUACGGAAGGAAAGGAUAGUUUUUCCUUGUUUUUCAGUGGGAAAAACAUACUAACAAAGAGCAGGUCAGUGGCUUUUUCUUCCAGAUUGAGAAGCAACAGAACUGGGUUUUUCUCAAAGUUGCUCCUUCCAAGAAAUACAAAGAGGAAGGAGGAGAGCUUUUAAAAACUAGGGUUCAUUAAUGGCGGUGUUUGUUAUGCUCCAUUUUGACGUAGAUUAGAAUUCGAUUAGUUUUUGAUUGAUCUAAUUUGUAAAACUACAGAAGAGAAAGUUGCAGAUAUGUACAUGUACUUGGAGAAGCUUUAUAUUGUACGAAAUUAUUUUAUUCUUUUAAUGGACAUGUCAUGUGGGUUGAUCGUGUUUUUUAUAUUGUAAUAAAAAGGACAAAAGUUCCAGAUAUACGGCAAAAA